AUGUACCCUAGCCUGUUGCCACUGGCGUUCUGCUUCGCAGCCUCUGGGGCCGCAUGCGCCCAGAGAUGCGUCGUCUCCCCGUCCGGCAACUCAACCUCGGACUCGGCCGCCAUUGCCGAUGCGUUCACCAAGUGCGCCAGCAAUGCCGAGAUCGUCUUCCUCGAGGGCGUCGAAUACAAAGUGUACGAGCCCGUCGUUGCGACCAAGCUGAGCAACGUCGUCAUCACAGUCAACGGAAACCUGAGCCUGCCGCAGGACAUCCCCGCCGUGCAGAAGCUCGUCGAGGUCAAGGGCGGCUCACUCACCUGGUUCCAAGUGGGCGGCACGAACGUGCAGUGGAUCGGCUCGUCUGAUCCCGACGCCGGUUGGAUAAAGUCGCACGGACAGGCGUGGUGGGAUCUCAACAAACCUGGCGAAGCCGGCACGCCCAACCGCCCUCAUCUGAUGCAGUUCAGCGUCACAAACGGCGUGAUGAAGAACAUGAAGUCCCUGAAGCCCAUUGGCUGGAACUUUUCGAUCAAGGGCAAGAACAUCACUAUAUCCGACACAGUCAUCGACGCUCGGUCCGAGAGCAGCAACUUCCCCUUCAACACUGACGGUUUUGACGUCGGCGCAACUGACGUUACCAUCACGAACAGCAACAUCUUCAACGGUGACGAUGCAAUUGCGAUCAACGACGGCGCGAAAAAUGUGCUGUUCAAGCAUGCAACCAUUGGGUUUGAGACGCACGGUAUGAGCGUCGGCUCGCUGGGCUCAAAGGUUGCGUCUCCUGCCGAUGUACAGAACAUCCGUUUCGAGGAUGUUGAUGUUCAAGGUGGGCUGUAUGCUUCUCGUUUCAAGAGCUGGAUUGGAGGACAGGGCCUGGCGAGAAACAUUACGUGGAGCAAUAUCCGCGUCAACAACGUCACCUUUCCCAUCUUCGUCACUCAGACCUACUAUAACCAGGCUAGUGCUGGCGGUGACAGGCCGAAUAACUCGUCCGUCAUGAUGGAGGACUUCACCUGGGAGCACUUUUCUGGUAACAUCAACACCUACAAGCCCGGUGAUGGAUCCUGCACCACCAACCCUUGCUGGUACAACUCUGGCCUUGUGAACCUCACACACACAGAGGCUGUCAUCAUUGAGUGCAACACGGAGAAGUCUUGCAAGGGCUUCCAGACAAGGGACAUCAAAAUUGAGCCUCAGAGUAAGACGGUACCAAAGGUUAUCUGCAUGAAUGCGAUGCCUGAUCUGAACCCAAAGUUGGGAUUUGAGUGCGCCAACGGCACGUUUGUCGCUUCAAACUAA